AAUAAAGGAACUGGAGGGUAUUUCGGAUGAGGACACAACGCAGUUGGAGUGUCGUUCGGAGGGAGAAAUAAUGGAGAACCUUGAGAACUGCAAAUCAAAGGCUAUAGAAAAGGAUUCUGGGGAGGAGGAGGAGGAUGAUAUAACGGGAACGAAGAGUAUUUCGGAUGAGGACACAACGGAGUUGGUGAGUCUUUCGAAGGAAGACACAACGGAGAAACCGGAGAAACGCAAAUCAAAGGUUAUGGAGUUGGAUUCUGAGGGGGCGGAUGAAGCAAUGGGGUCGAAAACUCUUUUGGUUGAGGACACAACCCAGGUGAAAAGUAGUUCGGAGGAAGAGUUGGCGCUCCCGCCGGUCAAGAAAUCGAAGAUAUCAAUUUCGUUCCAGGAUGACCAGAGUAAUGCUCCAAAUUAGCCCUACACUCUAGAAAAAUCCUUUAGAAGAAUUAUCCCAGAUUGAGAAGAUUGAAGAAAAAGAUUUGCCAAGUUUUAAAAGGUUCCGCAUUAAGAAAAAUAUUUUGUUUAUAUUUGAGUUACUUUGAACAAUGAAAUUCUACUUUUCCUAAGAUAUCCCUUGUUUGUCAUAAAAUAAAGCGUUUGAAAUGAAUUCCUUUUUGCUUAGUUUAUUUAGAAAAUGUACAUAUAUUAGUAUUUAAAAAAAAAAGUCUGUCUUGUCACUAUAAUGCAUAAUUAGUGUGGAUCUUUAGUUAAUUCCGGUCGUCACAACGAUUCAUUGCUGUUUAAAACCACAACACUUUUUUAAAUACUUUACAACCCUGCUCCCCUGUAGUCCGUAGCUUUGUAGCAGAAAGUCUGGCAACACCGAAUUACGUACUUCCAAGAAUAACACUUCUUCUUCUUCCAAGCUAAAAGUGGCGUGCUUAAAUUUAAAAGAGUUUGACUUCUAUUUCCGUGCGAAAGUAUACCGUAUUAAAGCUUCGAAAAUGGGUCGCAAUCGGGUGGCUCGUCCAGUGUUCGCCCUGGGAGACUUCGUUUUCGCCAAGGUACACGGCUAUCGUCCCUGGCCUGCCCGCGUCCUGGGCCGCCAUGGCACUGCGUCCAAUAUGAAAUUCAGUGUGUUUUUCUACGGAACUUGCAACACUGCCAAGGUCUCGCCCUUGCAUAUCUUUGAUUUCGCGACGAAUAAACGGCGCAUGGGCGCCGUGCGCUCGAGGAAUACAGCACGGAAUGCCGGCUUCCGCAGCGCAAUGGCGCACGUUCGGCUGGCGUUUGCAAGACCCGCAAACGACUUUGUAUAUUACCAGGUGCUGGCGCGGGCGAAUGGUGAGGGCGAGAGCUCCGCCACCUACGAAAUGCUAACGUCGACCACGGAGUCGGAAUCGGACUCCAAUGAUUCGGAUUCCGGAGACUCAACGGAUAAGCCGGAGACACGCAAAUCAAAUGCCAAGGACCAGGAUUCUAAGGAGGAGGAUGACUCAACGAAGAGGGAGAAUAGUUCGGAAGAAGAGGAGGAGUCACAGCCUGCCAAGAAAGCUAAGAAAUCAACCCUGCUGCCAGAUGGCCAGGAUGAUGCUCCAGAUCAAGCCGAUCAAGCUAUAGAAAAGGAGCUAGAGAAGUUGGACGGUGACAAGGAUCUUUUCAGUGACGCAGAUUCUGACUCCUUUGAAUUCGAGGGGAAUCCUUUAGUGAGCAAUGCACAUUUGCAUGAUUUAGAAAUUCACAACGCGGAUCCAUCAUCACAUAGCCUAGAAGAGCAUUUAGAAACUUGGACGACGAGGAGGAUGAAGAUUCUAAGUUCGAGGGAUACGGAAAUGAAGAUGAGAACGGCUUGCCCAUUUACCCAGCCUACCGUCAUAUUACGGGUGACGAGGAGUGAGGGGAUUCAAUCAAUUGUCGAUUUAUGGAGAGAGAUAAGAAAAAACUAUAACGUUCGCAUUUCCUAAAUAUAAAUGCUUAAACUUAAAAUUAUGUCCAAUUUCUAGAGACAAUGUUAAAGAGCUCAAUGAAAUAGAUCUCUAUGAUUUCAAUUUGUACAAGCAUAUGUAAAAUGAAAACAAAAAAAGUUUAUUUUAUUUUUUUAUUGAGAUGAAGAAUGAAGAAUUUAAAAUGGUUUUCCAUAACACAAAG